UGACGUCACGGGAGCCGUAUCCGGCCGCAGCCUCGGACUGGAGUAUGGAGCCCAGCGGGGCCUGAGAGGCUCUCCGGCGGGGAGACAGAGUAUGAGCUGGGCUGGGAGCAGCCGGGGCCGGAGCCUCGGGGACAGACCGUCAGCCAGAUAGACACCGAACCGGGCCAGCGCCGCAGAACCCGGGCCACCUCCACAAAACCCGGGCCGAACCGGGCCACCGCCACAAAACCCGGGCCACCUCCACAAAACCCGGGCCGAACCGGGCCACCGCCACAAAACCCGGGCCACCGCCACAAAACCCGGGCCACCGCCACAAAACCCGGGCCACCGCCACAAAACCCGGGCCACCCCCACAAAACCCGGGCCACCCCCACAGAACCCGGGCCACCCCCACAGAACCCGGGCCCAAAACCACAAUAGUACCACAGAACCCGGCCCUAGUGUACCCCAAUAUCCAGGCCUAGAACCACAGCGUACCCCAAUACCCAGGUUUAGAACCCCCAGUCCACCCAGGCUAAGUGUACCCCAAUACCCAAGCCUAGAACCCCCAGUCCACGAAGGCUCUGUGUACCCCAAUACCAAGGCCUAGAACCCCCACGAAGGCUCUGUGUACCCCAAUACCAAGGCCUAGAACCCCCAGUCCACGAAGGCUCUGUGUACCCCAAUACCAAGGCCUAGAACCCCCAGUCCACGAAGGCUCUGUGUACCCCAAUACCAAGGCCUAGAACCCCCACGAAGGCUCUGUGUACUCCAAUACUAAGGCCUAGAACCCCCACGAAGGCUCUGUGUACCCCAAUACCAAGGCCUAGAAACCCCAGUCCACGAAGGCUCUGUGUACCCCAAUACCAAAGCCUAGAACCCCACGAAGGCUCUGUGUACCCCAAUACCAAGGCCUAGAACCCUCAGUUCCUGGGAGCCGGUCUAUCCUCAAUCUUCAAGCAUCUAUCUGGCCCUUUAAGCCUUUCAUCGGACAUACAGGGGCCCCUAGAUCUAGGAAGCUUGGUCCAGCCAGGACCUCAUCGCCCAAAUGUUGCCUGAAAGCAGAAAAAGGCAACGAAGUUGUAAUGAAGCCACCCAGUUCCCCCAACCCAAGAGGAGUGCUCAAAACUCUGUGUUGCAGGAGUUGGAGACAGAUUCUUCAGGCAGCGACAGCAGUAACGGCACCUUAAACACGAAUGACUUUACACAGACUGUGGCUGGAUUUGGCCCAGCUACGCCACAGCAAGUCUCUGCACCGGAGCAGUCUGCACUCAAUCAAGGACCGUACGUCCACAUCAAUCAAAUCCUGAAGGAGGCGCACUUCUCCAGCUUACAGCAGCGUUCCAAUGCCUCCGUGGUCAGCCAUCUAUGAAUGCAUUCAGCACAUGAACCAUUGAGAAGCGCCAUUAUUUUAAUGUGCAAACCAGUUACAGCAGCUGCUGCCCGUUGCCUCGGAUAUUGCUUUGAUUAGCAGGCUAUCAGUUAAAUAUGACCUGCCCUUUUUGUCUUCUGGUGGCUCCAAUAGACAAUUUUGUUUUAUUUAUUUUUUUUCUUUCUUUGUGGAGAAGUAAUAAUUGAAGUGGAUUUUGGAAAAGAAGGCGAUCUGAACAGAAUGAAGUCUAGAGAGUUCAAAACAGCCUCCAGCUUUACCCGUUUAAUCCAGUGUGUUCUGUAACUCCAGUUAUUAUAUUGGGUUGGGAAGUUAAAAAUAAAAUGGCACUUUGGGGUUACUGUACCUGCAGCUCACUAUUUUAUAAUGUAUAUUUUACUUUUGAAAAAUGCCAGCUGUUCAUUGCUUCUUAUGGACCACUCUCCCCAUCUGUCAAACAUGACAAAUCACUAAGGCUUCACUCCAGGCAUGUGAGGUGUGAGCAUGGAUCUGGACGGAUGCCAUGAUAUAUAGCACCCGGAGUGUGUGUAUAGGGGGUGUGCUAUGAUGAGGUGUUUCCACAAACUGGGAGAGAUGCAAGGAAAUGUGUACAAUAAAAUAAACUGUAGGUGAAAGAUCUCUUUCGGUGCACGCUGCCCCUUUGUGGGGCAAAUCAUAUUUAAAAAGUGCAAAGCCUUUGUGUUCUACUAACGUGAUGACAAGGAGGAAUAUAGAUUGUGACAAUUAUUUGUGUACAAUAAAAUGAUUUAAUUUCCA